UCGAUAGAGGGCGAGCAUUCAAAAAACACGUUGAAUUUGACGUUUUAAAAAAUACCGGCCUUUUGGAAUUAAAUUGCUGAAUAACUCAAAGAUUGUGAACAUUUUAAGUGCAUAUAUUAAUUCAAAUUGUUAACUUUAAAAAUGUCUGAUAGAAGAGCGAGAAGUCGUUCCCCCUACGAAAAGAAAGCGAGUUCAUCAAAAGAACGAAAACAUAGAAGUUAUUCAAGAAGUCCCAGCGGUUAUAGAACAUCGCAUAGAAGAUACAGUCAAAAUGGAUCUUCGAGUCACAGGGAUAACCCUAAACCUUCAAGGUGUUUGGGUAUUUUCGGUUUAUCCCAUUACACAACUGAAGAUGAGUUGUACAACAUUCUCAGAAAAUUUGGUCCCAUUGAAAAAGUACAACUUGUACUUGAUGUUAAGUCCGGUAGAUCCAGAGGAUUUUCUUUUGCGUAUUUCGAGAAUGUGGAAGACGCUCAAAUAGCAAAAAAAGAAUGCUCUGGAAUGAGAGUUGAUGGUAAAACUAUUCGAGUGGACUAUUCCAUAACAGCAAGGGCCCAUACCCCCACUCCUGGCGUAUACAUGGGCAAAUCUACAAGUUAUGAAAGGGCAUAUUACAGAGGGGAAAGAGUGCCAUAUAGAGGCUAUAGAUAUUACCAAAGGAGCCCAUCUCCAUACUACAGGCGCACUCGCCGUUAUGAAAGGUCCACCUCUAGAAGCUACUCCCCAAGGCGCUAGCUUCGUUUUUUUAAGUAUUAAUACCCUGCCCAUUCCUAGAAUGACUCGUUUAUUUUUUAACUUAUUUUAUUUAUUUUUUUGUUUUAAAAUUUUAAAAACUACCACAGAUGUAUUUUAGAAUAUUCCGUUUAGUUUUUUAUUCGCAGUUUUAUAAUCUGUUUUCUUUAAGAGAAUAUGUUGUGUUUUAACUGUUUUUAACACUUGACUGAUUUGUUUAUGAGAAUUAAUAAAUGUUUAUUUUCGUACUAA